CACUCCCUCUCCCUCCAUCCUCAGCCAGUCAUCUUCCCCGCCGCCGCAAGCUCCACGUCGCUCCCUCCUCCAUCCUCCUCCCGUUGCUCCCCACCGCCCGGGCACCUGUACUGAGCUGGACUGGACUGCCGUGGAGGCCCGUCCGGCCCUGCGCUGCUUCCCUCUUCCGCCCCUCCCUCGGCUGAAGAGCGGUCUUCUACCAGCAUGGUAUCAUGGUAGAGAACGGAGUACAGCUGACACUGACCUCCACUUUGACGAGCACCGGAAAGGCAAGAAUCAAUGGAGACGGGAUGAAUAAUGGACCACAUGACAAAGAGAAGCAGGAACGCAAUGGCGCUUUACAACCAUCAAAAGGCCAAAACCAGCAGCUGUGCACAACAUGUGCAAAAGGGCAUUCUUGCCAAUCGGUCAUUAACCGGACAAGACAAAUGCGUGCUCUGAUCAACUCAAAGAAGCCUUACCAAGCACACUCUGUAUUCAAGCACCUGGUGGAUGAGGGACACAAGCCUUCGCUGGUCACAUACACAACUCUACUGACUGCCCUGACAAACCAGAGGAUGUUCGAGUCGAUUCCAUCACUGCUCGCUCAAGUUGAGCUAGCUGGAUUGAGGCCAGACUCCAUAUUUUUCAAUGCCUUGAUCAAUGCAUUUGUCGAGGCAAAGCGGAUGGGUGAAGCAAUAAACACGUUCUGGAAAAUGAAGCAUUCUGGCUGCCACCCAACAACAAGCACCUUCAAUACACUAAUAAAAGGAUAUGGCAUUGUAGGCAAACCAGAAGAAUCACAGCGUGUCUUCGACAUGAUGGGCGUUGAAGAGUCAGUCAGGCCUAACUUAACAACAUACAACAUUCUUGUGAAGGCCUGGUGUGACCAGAGAAAUGUUGAGGAGGCCUGGAGCAUUGUGGGAAAGAUGCGAGCGAGUGGUCUUGAGCCCGAUAUUAUCACCUACAAUACCAUAGCCAGCGCAUAUGCCAAUAAUGACGAGACAUGGAGAGCAGAAGAGCUCAUUGUGGAGAUUCAGACUAGAGUGCGCACCAGCGAGCGAACAUGGGGCAUAAUCAUUGGUGGUUAUUGCCGGGAGGGCAGGUUGGAGGAGGCACUCCGGUGCGUCCGGCAAAUGAAGGACGCAGGAGUCAUCCCUAACGUCGUUAUCUUCAACACGUUGCUCAAGGGCUUUCUCGAUGCAAAUGACAUGGCUGCAGUCAAUAAUAUCCUUAGGCUGAUGGAGCAGUUUGGCAUCAAGCCUGACAUUGUCACCUACAGUCACCAGUUGAACACAUUCAGCUCGCUAGGCCACAUGGCCAAAUGCAUGAAGGUGUUUGACAAGAUGAUCGAGGCAGGAAUCGAACCAGAUCCUCAGGUGUACAGUAUUCUUGCCAAAGGAUACGUCCGUGCUCAGCAGCCUGAGAAAGCAGAAGAGCUCCUGCUGCAAAUGAGCCAGCUUGGUGUCCGCCCAAAUGUCGUCACCUUCACGACUGUCAUCAGCGGGUGGUGCAGCGUGGCCGACAUGGAUAGUGCCAUGAGAGUCUAUGAAAAGAUGUGCAAAUCAGGCGUCCAUCCCAAUCUCAGGACAUUUGAGACUCUGAUCUGGGGUUACAGUGAACAGAAGCAACCAUGGAAAGCUGAGGAAGUCCUUCAGAUGAUGCAGGAGACUGGUGUCAAGCCGAAGCAAACCACCUACGGUCUCAUUGCUGAUGCAUGGAAAGCUGUUGGUUUGAUAGAGAACGCCAAACAGGCAAAUGGUUCCUCCAACGGUUGCCAUGCGAGUGACGAUUCAGAUCAUUCAGAUGACAGUAGUAACAUGCAAAUAUCAGAAAGUAACAAGCUUCAAAGUUUUGAAGAAAGUAAUGGACAUGCAAUGAAUGGUCGAACACGUUCCAGUUUUCUUCAGAUGACAAACGCGCUAGGCAGCGGUGGUAUAGAUGCUGCCAAGAUCCCGAAGGCCAGAGAAUUUCCAUCCAAAAGAUUGAAGGCUGUUAAAAGCACAUUCUUACUACAAAGAUCAUACCAAUUUCAGCUACGCCAUUCUGUGUUUUGUAGAAAACAGCUCCAGAAGAAUGGUGGACUCUACAGUCAGAGUGUCAGCUCAUUCAAAAUGGUGUUUCUCUAGUAGAGACUGCAUUUUUUUUCUAGUAGAUGUACACAUUGGCCUGAAGCUGUAAAAUUUCUUGGUGUUCCAAGUCUUCUGCCUUUGAUUUGGGUCAAUUGUAUGAUUCUGUAUCAAUUCUUGCAGUGCCAAGCAUUUCAAAUGUUCAAACAAUUUUGCAAGUAGUCUCAAAAUAUUUGCUUUACAAUAGUAACUGAUAAUCUGUAAACUUCA